AGAGCGGUGUUAGAGGAGCUGAUUGAGGAAGAUUUUAGUGAAUAAACUGAACAUUAGGCUGAAUUAUCUGAUUAAAAUGGGUCCGGUUGAGCUGCUGCACAUGUCGGUGUUUUCUCAGAGCUUCUCUCCAUGCGGCCGCUUCUUAGCAGCUGGUAAUAACUAUGGAGAAAUUGCACUGUUCAGUCUGUCAGCUGCUCUGAGUCCAGAUGCUACUAAGAUGAGUCACAAACCCGUUCUCACAUUCACUGCACACGAGGGUCCAGUGUUCUCCAUGCUCUCCACAGACACGCACCUUAUCAGUGCGGGCAACGGAGAGAUCAGCGCAUGGAGCUGGACAGAGCUCAGCAAAAAAAACGCUAAAGCAGUAUGGACAAAAAGACCCACGUACAAAUCAACUCUUGAAAUCCCAGAGAUCAACGCCAUGAUCAUCAAUCCAAAGGAAAACAGUCUGAUAGUUGGUGGAGGAGACAAUAACAUUCACAUCAUGGAUCUGGAGACCGGCACCUUUAAGUUGGUUCUGCAGGGUCACACAGACUACAUCCACUGUCUCUCGUUCAUGGAGAGAGACGAUCAGAUAUUUUCAGGUGGAGAAGACGGAGCGGUGAGAAUCUGGGACUCGCGGGCGGGCCGGGCCGUGCACUGCGUGGAGGUGUUUAAAUACGAGGAAUGCGCUCGCCCCCAGUUCGGGAAGUGGAUCAGCUGCCUGGCCACCGACUCCGAUUGGAUGGUUUGUGGCGGAGGCCCGUCGCUCUCGCUGUGGCAUCUCCGCUCCAUGUCUGCCACCUCCGUGUUCCCUCUGGCUGGCUGUCAGAGACAGGCUGCGUUUCACCAGGACCUGAUCCUGGCGGUUGGUGAGGGUUCGUGCGUGUCCCACUGUCUGCUGGGAGGUGAUGUGAAGGCUCAGAUCCCCUGCACAUCGCCGUCGCUCAACACGCUGGCCCUGAACCUCAACAGCACUGAACACAGAGUGAUGAGUGUAGCGGGCAGCAGUAACCAGAUUGAUGUCUUUACCAACAUCUCCUACAGAGCCUUCUCACUGUCCUUCUGAAUAUUUCACUCAUUCUUAAUGGCCACAAGAUAACAAAAAAAUCAUAUUUUGGGUACUGAACAUGUCUUGGCUGAUUGGUAAAAGCUUAUGUUCCUGAGAGGGCCAGUAAAGUAAACUUAGUGUUUCUUUUAUCACACUUAAACUGUGAAAAUCAUCCUUCAAUACAGCUGAUCUUUGUAAAGUAUUUUCCGUAACGAUUUGUAUAAUAA